AUAGAUAAAUGAACACAGGACUUGAGCUUUGAAACAUUUUUUAAAAUGAAAGCCGUACGUAAUAUUGUGUACUGUUAACAUGACUUUGCUAUUACAGAGAGGAAAAAUUCAGCUUGAAAUGUGUCUCCUCCUCCCUCCUGCCGAAGCCGUUAAAAGUCUUCCUCCUGUGGAUUCAUCCUCGGCUGCGUUUGUCUCCGAGCGAUUGGAUAAUAAUCGACUGAGAGAUGGGACCCCGUACAGCAGUGGCUCCAUCUAAGGAGGUGAAGGCAGUUGCAGGAGGCGGAGGUGACGGAGGAGCCCGGCUGCGGAGCUGCAGCGACGGCAGCCGAUACAGCAGGAGACCCAACAACUCGCCCUCCUCCCCCACGCUCUACAGCCCCAAAUCAGUCCUGAAGAGACCAGUGAGCACAGAAGAGCUGCAAAGACCCGGAGGACCCUACAUCAAGAAAACAUUUACAAUUGUGGGCGAUGCCGUGGGUUGGGGGUUUGUGGUGCGAGGGAACCGGCCGUGUCACAUCCAGGCUGUGGAGCCCUGCGGCCCAGCUGCCGCUGCUGGGAUGAAGGUGUGUCAGUUUGUGGUUUCGGUCAACGGUCUAAAUGUUCUCGAUCUGGACUACCGGGCUGUCAGCCACCUGAUCCUAACGGGACCCAGAACCGUGGUGAUGGAGGUGAUGGAGGAGACGGACCACUGAGCAAUGACAGAAAAACACUGACGGAGAAGCUGCGAAACGGCUUUUAUGAAAACAGUUACUAAUACGUGUACUUGAAAGGACUGCAAGAACACAGCGAUGAAACGGGAGAU